UUUACCAGAUGAAAUCUUGUCACUCAUCUUUUGGAAUUUGAAUGCCGGUGACCUCAUCAGCAUAUCCCAGGUGUGCCACAGAUGGCACAGAGUGUCGCUAGACAAUUUGCUGUGGAAGAAACUAUAUACCAAAUUUGUUGGAGCAAGCACCAAGGAGAAAGAAGAUAAAGUCUCGCUGCAUGAAUUAGCCCCUGGCUGCUGGAAAAAUCUAUGUUUGCGCAGAUGUAAAGCUAAGCGAGAUCAAAUAUACUUUAAGAAAUGGACACUUGCUGACCCAUACACAGGUCUCAAACAAAGAGCAGAUCAGACACUGAGUAAAUUAGGUGUCUGCUUUGAGCUGAGCCUUAUCAAUACUGAAGGACAGGAAAACACUUUUCCACACUGUGAUAUCUGCUGGUCAACCAUGUCUGUUGGUGUUCAGUGGUAUGCACUUGUGGUUCCUGACAUUAAAGACAUUCACUGUAUCCGGGUACGUGCUUGUACUCCUCUGAUGUUUUAUGGACCAUCAAAACCUGCAAAAGAUGGAAUUUUACAGAAAUCUAAACUGUUAGAGUACACAGGUCGCAUCAGAGAUGUCUUACAAAAACAGACUCCUUUGGGCUCUGAGCCACAGAUUCAGUUGUUUGAACUUGCACCAGGUCUAUUGAUAGCAAAAUAUCAGGCAGAUGGUGAAAUCGCCUUUGUGACAUGCACAUUGCACUAUCAUAAUUUGGUCUCUCGGUGCCUGCUUGGAAAUCCUAACAGGAUUUGGUCCUCUCCCUCACUGUCUUGUCUCAAUGAUGACAUUGAUCCAGAGUAUGGACUUCAUGGAUAUACCUGCAUUAUCAUAGUCAGAAACAUGAGGACUAAGUUUUUGGAAUGCAGAUUUACAGAGCUGCAUACCAGCAUUGAAGCCCUCGCUGAUGGUUUUGCAGUGUUUAACCCAGUAAAGAAAGAUGAUAAGCUGAGUCAUGUGUCCCUCAGCAAGGAGAUCAACUUCUCAUGGAGAACAACCUUAUUCAAAGGCGUCUUAAAGGAUGUUGGUAUAUUGGAUCUCACACUCCUAGAUCAAAAUGGAGAACCAUUCUGGAUAGUCAGCACAGGCAUUUCUGUAGAGAGAUGUACUCAGACAAAUCAGUUUGACUUCAACCCUAGUACGUACAAACUCAUCCAAUACAGUGAUAACGUAGGAAAGUUACGCCUGGAAAUUGGCAAGUUGGAUGACAGAAGGCAAUACCUCAGUGAUGCAUCCUUAUCAUUGUCUCUGAAUGUCAUCAACAAAGCAUUCAAGAGAAACUAUCAAACCAGAGCGUGA